UCGAUCCACGAAGCCGCGUUGAAAUGCGAUGUCGAGGGACUAAGACGAUGUUUGCCACAGUGUUUGACCCGGGAGGCUCAGAUGCUGUACAAGCUGUAUGCUACCCCGGUAGACGCAAGAACAUCGUCUCUCUCGGGCGGGCAAACGGCUCUUCACCUCCUCUGUGGCUCUAACUCUGCGCACGCCGCGAUGUAUGUGCAAACGGGCGAGAGAAAUGCCGAGACCGUCGAGGCGUGUUUUCAUUUACUGCGGGAAGCAGGCGCCGACCUCAGCGCGCGCGACGAUGCUGGUCGUACACCGCUUCACCACGUGGCCACCUGUUCGGGCGCACGUAUGAUUCCCGAAGUCCAUGCGAAUUGGCAAGGGGGUUGCCUGCAGUUGGCAUCACUUUUGCUCCACCACGGCGCGGACGUGAACGCGACGGAUGCCCAGAGUAUUCCGGGUCGUGCUUCACCGCUUCACGAAGCCGUAUUUUGCCCCGCCAUGACGGCUUUGCUCGUGAAAGCAGGAGCCGACGUGAAUCUCCCCAACCGUGAUGGUCGGACACCACUGUAUACCGCAGUCUUGUAUGCUACGAGAUGGAGAGACGAGCGUGUGCGUGGGACUGUGCCUAUCCUCCUCCGCGCCGGCGCCGCAAUUAUCGGCGACGUAUCAGACCACUUCACAUGGGAUCCUGCUGAUUAUGAUUUCAGCCAAGGUACUGGCUUGUAUUUUCAAAAGGUAAUCGACGCGGGCGGCUUCAAGAAGUACGAGCAGGCCCACCUCGCGACCCUCACGAAAACGUUCGCGCCCAAGUUCCCGAUGCUCCCGCCCGAGAUGGUCCGGCACAUACUCACGUUCGGCUUCCACGCGGGGUUCUACUGA